AUGCGUGCGAACAAUGACGUCCGGCACUGGCUUGAGCUUUACAAAAAGCCUAAGCCUGGCGCGAAAGUCACCAAGUCCAUAUCUCUGAUCAAGUACGGUACCGGCUUGAACGGCUUCCCUGGCAUCUGCCACGGUGGCGCACUAUUGACGCUCAUGCACGAAGCAAUGCUACACAUCCUUGUCGCCAAUACGGUGCUUGAAAACGGUCUUGGCUUUAUGAAAGUUGGGGAAGACUAUUGGAGGUUACAGCUUCACGAUGGCAAGUCGGCACAAGAGGUGCUCAAGGGCCGUUUAACGACGGCAACAAUGAAUGUAAAGCUUCUGGCGCCGGUGCUUUGCCCAGGUGUUGUCGGCAUUGAGACGGACGUACUUGAAGACAAAGGCACCAAGAUGAGGAUCAAAGCUACUAUGAGGGAUCGACAGGGCAAGCCGUUACUCAAAGUGGAAGGAUUGUGGGUCAAGAUUCGCGGUGCAGCAAAACUAUAA